CGACCGCUGCGGCGGCUGAUCGAGAGCUCAAUGGCAAUACUGUCCAAAUUUCUCGCGGGCGCACGCAUUCGUAGGCCGCACCGCGCCACCGGGACGGGAAGAGCACCCCUCUGCAUUGGCGCAUUUGCUCCGCUCGCGUCCCCGCCUCCCGCGCACGACACGCUCUCCGCUUUUUUUGUGUCGACGAGUUCGAGGGGGAAGAGGCGGGGAAGCCGACGGGCGACGACGACCGCGGCGCAAGGCGAUGUCGUGGCUCCGCAGCGCGGUGCACCGCGCCGUGGAGGCGAGCGGCGGUCGCAGCUCCCUCCUCACCCGCACCGUCCGCACCUCCCUUGACACCGUCGUCAGUGGCGUCCACCACGCCGGCCAGGCUGUCGCGGGCGGCGCCAGGCUCAUCACCGGGAACCGGAACUACAAGAGCGUGAAGGUGGCGGCGAAGAGGUUGGAAGAUGCGGCGCUCUCAUACAAAGGGGACGAGAGGGUGCAGCUGCUGCGCCGGUGGCUCGUCGCGCUCAAGGAGACCCAGCGCGCGACCACGGCGGUGCGGGAGCCGCAACUUGGGGACAAUCCGGACCAGACCGUGCCCCUGCUGGAUCUGUACAUCGAUUACGAGAGCAGCGCGGAGCCGAUGAACUUUUUCCAUGUCUUCCUCUACAGCCAGGCCAUCGAGUGUGUUGUUCUCUCCUUGAUUACGGAAGCCCCAACUGAGGAAGAAGUUUCACUGAUCUCAGAAGUUUUUGGAAUGUGCCUUUCGGGAGGGAAGGAUGUGCACAAUGCACUCUUGAGUAGUUUAAAGGACCUGGCAAGAUUAUUCUCGAGUUAUAGUGAUGAAGUGUUGGCAAAACGUGAUGAGCUGCUUGAGUUUGCUCAGGGUGCGGUCUCAGGGCUAAAGAUAAAUGCUGACAUUGCAAGAUUAGAUAAUGAAAUUACUCAGUUGCAACAGCAGAUAAAUUUAAUGGAUGCUCUUCGUGCUACAUCAACCGGCAAUCAGGAUAAAAAAUCUCAAACAACCACUGAGGGUUUCAAAAAGGCAGUUUCUGAGGUUCGACUUUGCUCUAGAAUGGAAGAGCUUCUAUUGAAGAAGAAAUCAAUACAUCCUGGUGAUUCAUUGGAGACUCAUUUUGAGAAGGUUGAUAAACUGAAGGUUUUGUCUGAAUCCCUUGCAAAUUCAUCUGCAAAAGCAGAAAAGCGUAUUAUGGAAAAUAGGCUACAAAAGGAAGAAUCUCUUAUCUUCCGGGUCACCAAAACAAAUGAAGUUAGUGGUAUAGAAAAGGAAUUAGUUGCUGAGAUCUCUGGACUUGAGGAGCAAAGGAAUCAACUUGAAGCAGAACUGAAGAAGGUUAAUACUAAAUUGAAAGUAGCUACAGUGAAGCUUAAAAAAACUAGAGAGGAACGCGACCAAUUUGAUGAAGCCAGCAAUCAGAUUGUGUUGCACCUAAAAACAAAGGAAGAUGAACUUUCAAGAUCCAUAGCUUCAUGCAAAGUAGAAGCAAGCACUGUCAGUGCAUGGAUCAGCUUUUUGAAAGAUACAUGGAAAUUGCAGUCCUUGUUUGAAGAGCUAAGGGAAAAGCAGGCCAAUGAAGAAUUGGAUAGAUGUGGACUCUGCUUUGCAAAAUUGAUGAAGUAUCAUGUUUCUGCAUGCGUGGAAGAGCUAAGCACUUCUGUUGACUGUAUUAAAACCUUUGUUGAUAACUUGAAAAUAUUUGGUGACAGAUCCGUGUCAGCAGAGGAUGGAGCUAAUGGUCCGUCUAAGCAAUCAAACCCUCGCAAAUACCUUGAGGAAGAAUAUCUCCAAACUGAGAAAAAGGUCGUAGCUGCAUUCAGUUUGGUUGAUAGUCUCAGAGCAGUAUAUUCUUCUAACCAGGAUUACUAUAAAACAAGUUUGUGCAGAAGGGAAGAUCCUGAGGUAAAAAAUCUGUUUGCCACCGUUGACAAGCUGCGCAUCGAGUUCGAAUCCGUGCCACGUCCAGUGCUUCAAAUUGAGAUCAAAGAACAGGCAGAGAAAAAGAAACGAUCCCGUUCCUUGAUAGUGUCCGCGUCACCCCAUCCGAGGAGCGACUCCCCGAUCGCGGCUCAGCUCAGGACACGGCUGCCGUCAGAGUCCGAAUCGGAGCUGGCCAAGUUCGAGCUGGAAUACAAGGCCGACGAGAUCGGCGGGUGGGAGUUCGAUGACCUCGAAGACGAGCCAACACCUGGUGGCUUCCUAUGAUCUGGGUAAGAUGUGAAUGAGAUUUAUCCGGACAUCCAGUAGUCUUCAAUGUAAAGCAGUAGAGUCAUUAGGACAAAAUCAUUGGGAAAUGUAGUAUAGCAGAGUGCAGGUCCGUGUUUCUUUUUCUGUCACGUCCCGGUCGCUCUAGAUUUUUGCUGGGAUUGACCUGCAAAUAUGACAAGUGCAAGCGAACGGCGUACGUAUAUAUGCAAACAUUUUUCUUGGGUACAA